AUGGGAACGGGAAAAGCGAAUGCUAUAACACAGACAAUAUCGAAAUAUAGUUCGUUCUUGACAUGGGUGCUUGUUGGCACUCUAAUUAUGGGCGUUGCACUUGCCUCGGUGUUAACAUUAUACAUUAGAGAAAAAUCAAUAUCGACUGCACCAACAGCAAGUCAAACCAAUUCAUCCCAAGCAUCAAAACAACCAUAUAUCUGUGGAAAUGUGGCGAACUACACGCUAUGGCAAUUAUUUACCACGGCUGGUAUAACAAUCACUAUCGACACAACGAUUUGCUAUUUCAAUUCUACUCCCCUCUACUUCACAAGCAUGGCUGGGGUGAGCUACCAUUGGGUGGCAACAGGCUAUACGGCAAUCUACGAUGCACAGAAUAACAGCUUCACUAUUUAUGCUCAGUCAGCAGAAUAUCCAAACAAUACGAUACUACUUGCGUUGUCCCAAACGUAUACCUGGAAUGUCAAUUGGUUUGGUCUUCUCAACUAA